UGCAGGACGGGCACGCAUACUCGCCAACCAUGAGCUAGGCAUCCUUCUCAGUCUCAUAAAUCUUCUACCUUUUCUUCCCCCUUAUACGUCGCCGCCAUGGAGCAAUCUCGAGCCCAGGUAGCCGCCAAAAGGAAGCUCGACGAUGCUGCAGCGGAAGACGAUGACCCCAGCAACCCCAUAGAGUUUUGGGUGAAACGGGAUCGCUGGCCAAUCCAGCUCUUCGAGCCCGGUAUAGAACACUUGCUUGCACGAAGGCGGUCCUCGUCCUCGCCCUCGUCCUCGUGUACGUUUAUGACGCCAAGCGACCAAAGGCCACGUGAAGAGAAGACUGCCCAGUAUCGAGACUCGCGUUAUGAGACACUGCUUGCCACCAAAGGCAGUUAUAUGGUCAAAUCAAAGCUGGAUGUUGCCCAAGAGAGCAAAGCCCUCUGCGAGAGUCUACUCGAGGGGCACCAAGCAUAUCCCGAGAACUCACUCUUCCGGGAUGACAUCUUUGGCGUAACCUGCCGCAAGAUUCGAAAUAAAAAUGAAGAGCGAAUUUUCAAAGAUAUAAGUCGCCUUAUUGUACCUUCCGCUGAGAAUCUUGCAACAUAUGGCGCUACACACCUCGACAUACUGAGAGAAAGCGUUAACGAAGGCUGGAAUAACUCGAUCCCUUUGACCGGGACCCGUCCGCAGCCAGACUAAUCUGUUGGGUUCUCGCGAGAGGCAUUCACGGAGGAACAGCUUGAUAAAUUAUCGCCGUUCAUUGGGGAUAUUUUCACAGACGUGUCCUUCUUCAUGGCCACUUACUACAUGUAUUCUCCCUUUCUCGCCUGCGAAGUGCAGUCCGGGGCUGGUUCGCUUGACGUUGCGGACCGUCAGAACGCCCAUUCCAUGACCCUCGCGGCCCGAGGCGUGGUCGAGCUAUUCCGUCUUGUGGGACGCCAAAACGAGGUCCAUCGACAGAUUCUGGCAUUCUCCAUCUCGCACGACAACCAGUCAGUACGCAUCUAUGGCUACUACCCAGUUAUCGACGGCAAUGACACUGAAUACUACCGCCACCCCAUCCAUAAAUUCGACUUUACAGGACUUGAUGGACGGGAUAAGUGGACUGCCUAUCGGCUUACCAGGAAUAUCUAUGACAAUUGGAUGCCGGAUCUCUUCAAGAAGAUCUGCUCGGCCAUUGACCAAAUACCGGCAAAGGCGGACUUU